UCUCCUAUUGUUGCCAGCAGCAAUUGCCAGCUUCACGGAGCUCUGUUUUUGUUGGAAGCCGGAAAAGAAGAAAAAUCCAAAUACUGUUUCGGUAAUAGUUUUGGUGGAUUUAGAAGGUGUGACCUGACCAGGCUCGGAGUGCCGGACUGUGGAGGGUGGUGGGGACGAGAGGCUGCGGGACGGUGUCCCCAUGUCAGCCCGAAAUGGCUCAGCCAGCGAUGCAGAGUGUCACAUCUCGGAGGAGAGCCACGAUGGCGAUGCGGGGCUGGCGGAGCUGGGGCCCCUGUUAGAGGGCUCAGGGUGUGCAGGAGCUGCCAGGGGGAGCAGAGGAACAGACAGUCAGAGGCUGAAGCUAAGGUUGUGGUCUCUGCAGGGGGCAACAGGGACUGCUGGGGCCUGUCCUCUCUCCGACAACGAGGAAGAUGAGGACGAGGAGGAGGAGGAGGAGGGUGAAGAGGUGCGGGUGCUAACUCUGCCCCUGCAGGCCCACCACGCCAUGGAGAAGAUGGAGGAGUUUGUGCACAAGGUUUGGGAGGGUCGCUGGAGGGUGAUCCCGUACCACCUCCUGCCCGAGUGGCUGAAGGACAACGACUACCUGCUCCACGGGCACCGCCCGCCCAUGCCCUCCUUCCGCGCCUGCUUCGGGAGCAUCUUCCGCAUCCACACGGAGACCGGCAACAUCUGGACGCAUCUGCUGGGUCUAAUUCUGUUCCUGUUCCUGGGCACGCUCACCAUGCUGCGGCCCAACGUGUCCUUUAUGGCCCCGCUGCAGGAGAAGGUGGUGAUGGGGAUGUUCUUCCUGGGCGCUGUGCUGUGCCUCUGCUUCUCCUGGCUCUUCCACACCGUGUACUGCCACUCCGAGAAAGUGUCCCGCACCUUCUCCAAGUUGGACUACUCCGGCAUUGCCCUGCUGAUCAUGGGCUCGUUUGUGCCCUGGCUGUACUACUCGUUCUACUGCUCGCCGCAGCCCCGCCUCAUCUACCUCUCCGUGGUCUGCAUCCUGGGCAUCGCCGCCAUCAUCGUGGCCCAAUGGGACCGCUUCGCCACCCCCCGCCACCGGCCCACGCGGGCAGGGGUGUUCAUGGGCCUUGGACUGAGUGGUAUCAUUCCCACAAUGCACUUCACCAUAGCCGAGGGCUUUGUGAAGGCCACCACCGUGGGCCAGAUGGGCUGGUUCUACCUGAUGGGUGCCAUGUACAUCACUGGAGCCGGGCUCUACGCCGCCAGGAUCCCCGAGCGCUACUUCCCCGGCAAGUGUGACAUCUGGUUCCAGUCACACCAGAUCUUCCACGUUCUGGUGGUGGCUGCUGCCUUCAUACACUUCUAUGGCAUCUCUAACCUUCAGGAGUUCCGCUAUGGGCUGGAGGGGGGCUGCACCGACGACUCCCUGCUCUGAAUGUACCCACCCCACCCCUACACCGCCAAUCCUUCCUCCACCCCUGCACCACUUUAAGGACGGCCCCUGCACCUGACACCCCUUCCCCACCUUCCCAAGCGCCAAUGGAACUCUGAGCGUCGCAUCACCAGGGCUAUUCCUGCCAGUCUCUCCGCCAGUCAUAUUCAUUUCACUCGACCCGUUCGGACCCCACAGCGCAUCUGUACUUUUGUAAAUCCAAGCAGGUGCAGUCACCAGAUGCACGCUAGGCCAGGAGGGGGUGGGUGGAGGAAGCGGCAAUAUGCUGCUUCUCCUGUUUCUAGGCAUGUUUCUGAGGGAGACUUCCUGUUCUUUUGUCUUUAAAGCCUCUCUCUUAUGCCUGGGUGCCGUAGGGUGGAUGGCAGUCUUGGGGCAGACGGGUGAAUGCCAGCCUUGGGGCAGACAGGGUGGAUGCCAGUCUUGGGGCAGACGGGGUGGAUGCCAGUCUUGGGGCAGACGGGGUGGAUGCCAGUCUUGGGGCAGAUGGGGUGGAUGCCAGUCUUGGGGCAGACGGGGUGGAUGCCAGUCUUGGGGCAGACGGGGUGGAUGGCAGUCUUGGGGCAGACGGGUGAAUUCAGUUCAAUUCAAUUUUAUUUGUAUAGUGCUUUUUACAGAGCACUGUCACAAAGACACUUUACAGAGUAGCAAGGCAAGAGACAGAGCAAACAGAGCAAACAAUGCCAGUCUUGCUUUCUUGGUCAGCAGAAAAUAGGGGGUGUGGCUGUAGACGGUGCAGAGCAAAUCAGUGUCCAGGAGGGAAGGUGAUGAGAAGGUGGGUGGAGUUGCUGCUGGCCUCAGUCUCGCUCUGAUUUCACCAUCGAGCACAAGCCCAUGGCUUCUUGCUUGCUUGCUCUAGCUCGGACAAGCACUUUUACAAUGCCUUUGUUUCCCUGCAUAAAGUUCCAUAAUGGCACACUUGUGCCAGCUGUGAAGAAGAAUGGCAAAGCGUCAGCAGGCACUGGAUUUUCGGUAGCAGGGAGCCCUGAUUCUAAAGCACACCCACCAGCUAUGGGAGGUGGGAUGGGGCUGUGUAGUCCUCAGCUGAGAUGGUGAUCAGUUUAUUGGAAAUUCUGGUAAUUGGGUGAAGAGGUGUAAAUGUGUGUUGCCUGUGGAGGGGGGGGGCAGUGGAAGGGAAUUGAUCAGUAGUGGGUAGAAUAAGCAAAAUUGCUAUAGUUCUGUACAAAAAUGUAUAACUUAAGGUGGUUGAAGACUUUUUGCUGCACAUCCCAGGCAGUUUUUGGUUCAGCGGUUCACUUAAAUCAUUCCUCAAAGCAUGAUUAGAUGGUCAUCAUCAGACUCCAUGGUCAUUUGAAUGGAUUUAAAAGAGAAAGAUGGCAUGUUUAACCAUCUCUAUCUAUACAUCAGACACAACUACUUGGAGAAAGUUGGAUUGUUGGGGCCACAGUUGAAGACUCUUGCUUCAUUGGCCUUGUUGGAAAUUCAUUUGUAAAAUCUGUGAUGUAUUGUCAUUUGUUUGAUCUUUAAUGUAAGCUUGUGAAUAUGUGGCCCUGGAAGCGGACUGUCGGGAGAACAUGGAGCACCGUGGCAUAUGGAGCGUGCCACUGAGGACUUCAUUUCAAGCAACACUAAAAAACUGCAGCGGGUAGCAUCCGGUUCACUCCUUCACAUUUCCUUUUUCACCUGGGAUGGCCAUUGGGGCCCGAGUAAAGUGACUGAGGCAGAAGCAGACCAUAGACGCAUGGGAGGGCAUGGCUGAACCAGCAGCAUCCAUGCUGAUAAUAUGGCGAAUGUGCAGUACAUAAACAACUAAGCCACAAUCAAGUGUUCUUACUGGAAGCACACCUGGUCAAUGGGUUAUGGGAGUUAUGGCUGUGUGUGGCUGGGGAGUAAUUCUGCUGUGUCUGAGGCUAGUUUUAAAAUGUGACUAGGCUCACUGAUGAUAUAAACAAUAAGGCUGUAGGAGAUAUAGUUAAUGGUUCUAGAAAAAGCCCAAAUGAAAUGUAAACUGUCAAAUGUGUGUAGCCAUUUAGCAUUGAAGCUGCUGUAAUGGUGCAAAGGUCACUCUUGUGUAAAUUGAUAUGUUGUAGGUUCUCAUAAAGCAGCCAUUCAUAUACUUUAUUGAGCAGAUACAAUCUGAACCUUUCUGGUAGUAAUUCCUGGUGGACAGCAUAAUUGUAAUAUGUAGUGCAGAACACUGCUGUUUUCCUGAUCGCUGUUCAUCGUGAAGUAAAUUGUGACUUGGUACCAUUCAUUAUUAUGUACCAGUGAAAAUGGUUAAUGUCUGACAAGGUUUAUUAUUGUGUAGAUUUUUGUUAAUUUCCAGUAUUUUCCUGUGCCUUAAGCUAAUGGAAAAAGACAAAAAAAAAACCAAGAUUGAAAUGGCCUGUGUCGGUAUUAAUCACCAAGAUACAGGGCAAAAUAUGUUGCAGAAUGUAUGAAAUUAGGGCAGUUUAAGUUAAAUUUUUAGAAUUGUUUUUAUUUUUAUUUUCUAUAAUUAUUUCCAAAGCAGAACAAAUCGGUGAAACGUCAAGUUAUUUCAGCUGCUGUACAUAAAACAGGUGUUUUCCCCCUUUUCAAGCCUGCUGUAGGUUGGGUGCUAAUAUAGACUAAACUUCUCUGUACAUUCAUGGCCUUGUGUUGUCCUUUUCUGUAGAUCCACAAUCCUCAUGAAACACACUGUCCACCUAAAUGUAAAAUGUUAUAUUAAAUAUUUAAUAAUUCUUAAAAUGAGAA